AGGAGGACGAGAGGGAGGAGGCCGGAGCGAAGCGCGCGCAGUGGCUGAGCGGCUGGGAGAGGCCGGGCCACCUCCCUUGGCGACCACGCACCGCUCCGCCCGCCUGCGGCGGUUCCAGGCACCACGCUCUCCGCCGAGGCUGCGAUGGUGGUGGCAGGGACAAGCUCCUGCACCCCACAGCACUGUGCACAAACCAGCAGCGCCCUCUCCUCCCUCACCCUCCACCCCACGCCUUCUCCGCCCGUGCACUACGCACAGCCGUCGGCGCCAUCCCCUUGUCAACUUUGAGCUGAAGGAGCAGCAACUUUGACAGCCGCCGCGGGUUUCGAAUCUGCCUUCUCCUUGGCAACAGUAGCCUAGAAAGUGGCAGGAGUUAGACCAGGCAAGAGUUUCCUCUGAUCAUCAGCGGUUGCCUCUGUUUGCAACGGGUUCCCUGUCAUCCGGGAGUGGGAUUGUGACAGACAGUCCCCUGGUGGAGGGGACUUGUUUUUCUUUUUCUCUAGAGACCUCCACUAGCUACUGGAUAAAGCUGUACCAAAAGGAUGUAAAUAGCAGAGCAACUGUUACCAAGAAGGCAGCCACCACCCAAAGGAAGGGAGGAACGCGUGGCUUCUUCCAGGCUGCGCCCAGUCGCAACAUUAGGCAACAAUCAGGUGGUGUUCGCAACUUCUCAAGGUCAGCCGGGUGGAUCGGCUAUUUCCCUCGGAACCUUUGGAUGCACAGAGCUUGGAUUCGAUUUGACUGCGAAAUGCACAGGACGCCAAAGGUGGAAGGAUUGUAGGGGGUGUGUUGGUCACCACCACCCCCAGCUCUGUUCUCUGCUCUCCCAGAAAUCUUCAGCUCCCCUCCACUACCCAGUGGUGAGUAUGUGACAUGUGUCUAACUCUCUGCACCAAGUUUGGCAGCAGGUGUUGGUGCUAAGCGAGAGCGGGGCUCCUAGCUGAGCCCUCACCGAGCCAUGCCGGCCCGGGGGGCGCCUCUCUCGCGUACAUCGCGGCUGCUGCUCCUCCUGCUACUGAAGGUUUCGGUCUCUGCUGCCCUGAGCUUUGUCCCCGAGGCCAGGAAUGGAACUUGUGUUGGGGAGAGCUGUUCCCCACUGAUCCAAAGCCGCAGCAAGGAUGCCCGGGGACCAGGAAAUUCUGCGAGAGACUUUCUGCGAGUUCGUGUGCCCAGGGACAAACUGGAAGCAGAGGUGAGAGGGGCCACCUCCUGGGACCUCCCACCGGCCAGCGGCGUCAAGACAGGUGUGAGUGAAGAGGCGGCAGGUGCGGCAGCUGCUGGGCCCUUGGGUUCUCCAACCAAGCCACCUGAUGCCUGGAGGUGGAAAGGUGGCCAUGGUAAAGAGCCAUUCGGAAAUCCUACGGACCUCCAACUCUUCCUUCAGACUUCGGAGAGGGAAGAGAUGAGUCCCAGGGGCGCUGGCAUUCCCCGGAGCAACCAGGAGCAGAGUAUGAAAACGGAAUCUGAACCCAGAGAUCUUUUUUACUGGCCACGGAGAACUGGACCACUCCAGGGUUCUCACCAAAAGCCUCCAGUGGGGCACGAAGGGAGGACCAUUGCUCCCCCAGGCAGGGCACUACCGCAAAACGGGUCUGUAGAUGACUGGGUCCCUGACCAAGGGGGUCCACGCCGUGGAAACAGCACAAGCAGGCGCAUGAGACUGAAGAACCCUUUCUACCCCCUGACCCAGGAGUCCUAUGGAGCCUAUGCAGUCAUGUGCUUAUCUGUGGUGAUCUUUGGGACUGGCAUCAUUGGGAACUUGGCAGUGAUGUGCAUCGUGUGUCACAAUUACUACAUGAGGAGCAUCUCCAAUUCUCUCUUGGCGAAUCUGGCCUUCUGGGACUUUCUCAUCAUCUUCUUCUGCCUACCCCUGGUCAUCUUCCAUGAGCUGACCAAGAAGUGGCUUUUGGAAGAUUUCUCUUGCAAGAUCGUGCCCUAUAUUGAGGUGGCUUCUCUGGGCGUCACUACUUUCACCUUAUGUGCACUGUGCAUAGAUCGCUUCCGGGCUGCCACCAACGUCCAGAUGUACUAUGAAAUGAUCGAAAACUGUUCUUCUACCACUGCCAAACUUGCAGUUAUCUGGGUUGGCGCUUUGCUGUUGGCGCUUCCAGAAGUUGUCCUCCGCCAGCUGAGCAAGGAGGAUUUGGGCUUUAGUGGCCAGGCUCCUGCAGAACGGUGUGUCAUAAAGAUCUCUCCUGAUUUGCCGGAUACCAUCUAUGUUCUGGCCCUCACGUAUGAUGGCGCGAGGCUCUGGUGGUAUUUUGGCUGCUACUUUUGUCUGCCCACACUUUUCACUAUCACCUGCUCUCUAGUGACUGCGCGGAAGAUCCGCAAAGCAGAGAAGGCCAGUACCCGUGGGAACAAGCGGCAGAUCCAUCUGGAGAGCCAAAUGAACUGCACGGUGGUGGCCCUGACCAUUUUAUAUGGGUUUUGCAUCAUCCCUGAGAAUAUCUGCAACAUCGUCACGGCCUACAUGGCCACGGGCGUUUCACAGCAGACCAUGGACCUCCUCAACAUCAUCAGCCAGUUCCUCUUGUUCUUCAAGUCCUGUGUCACCCCUGUGCUCCUUUUCUGCCUCUGCAGACCCUUCAGCAGGGCCUUCAUGGAGUGCUGCUGCUGCUGCUGUGAGGAGUGCAUCCAGAAGUCUUCCACAGUGACCAGUGAUGACAAUGACAAUGAGUAUACCACGGAGUUGGAGCUGUCGCCCUUCAGCACGAUCCGCAGGGAGAUGUCCACCUUUGCUUCCGUGGGGACCCACUGCUGAAGCACCCGGCUUGGUUAGCUCGGAGUUCUUCAAUUUUCAUAUCCUGUGAAAAUUUUUACUCUGUAUUUUUUUUCCUUACAGGGGAACGAUGCAAACAUUUUGAAAAGCAAGUAGAGGGAGACCUAUUAACUACUCUAGAACUGAUUUUGCAAAUUAAUAUUUGUGCUCUGGGAAAAAAUAUUUCUAUUUAGUUAUGUAAGAAGAAGGUGGCCAACAGUCUCAUCAUUUUUCCUGCUAUGGUGCUAAUAUUUUAUUUAAAAGUUACUGCACCUUAACAAUAUUAAUUGUUGGAUUUCUUUCUUUCUUUCUUUAAAAACGUAAUCAUUGUAUAUCGAAGGUGGGCUUGUGAUUUUGUUAUUUUGUGUUUGAGUUGUGAUUGAAAGUACAUUGUAUCUGAGAUGAUUUGUACUUCCAGCCAUGCAAAGUAGCACCAAAUAAACUCCCCAUCCUUCUUUAACAUGACUGUCAAUCUACUUUUAACCAAGACUCAAUAAAUCUUUUAAUUGCCUUAAACACACAGUUACUAGUCCGAUGCACAAUUUGAAACUGGCCUUAUUGUUUUAUAAUUAUAUCUUCCUUUAAGGCAGGUAAUCAUUAUGUUAUAAAGAUGUUUUCCAAAUAAUACUAUUGAUAUGCAUAACUCAUAAGACUAUAUUGUACAUUAAAAUGAAACUGUAUUUUUUUAACAUUCACACAUAGCUGUAAAAUCACCUCUGAAUAUUUUUAAAAAAUA